AUGUCGAGCCGACGUUGGUCUUUACCCGAUUUCACCACCUUCUUUUUAGACAAAUGUGACAGCAUCAAGACGAAGACUACUGGUGACAUUUGUAUUGGAGGUCUCAUUACUCUCAUUGGGUUGGGUAUGAGUCUUCAAUUUCUAGAAUCUGGAUAUGUACCAGUAGAUGAUCCACCUCUCUUCCUUCUCGAUUGCACAACUCUCAUCCGGAUGGAAUUAUUGCUACCUCAUCCUACUCUUCCUGGACAUUUCUCUUGGCUCAACCAUGUCAAGGACCCAGUUUACAUCUUACCCAAUCCAAGUAUCUCCACCUUCACCACCGAUGACCCCAAAACAUGGUUCUUGCCUCAAGAGUUACCAGAUGAUGAUGAUGAAAUGCAGGUGGACCCUUACAAUGCUGAUAGCCCAUUCGAGGCUGAAGACCAUUAUGAUCUACCGAUCCGCCAGUUGCCACCACCUUAUCCAGGUCAAGCCUCUGGGUCACACUCUCAGCCCUUGGGAGAACACUUCCAACCACAACAUGAUUACCACUCAUACCAGCAACACAAUGAGCCUGACCCCGCACAUGAGUUUCCUCUCGAUAUUUACAUCCAACUUGCUUCCUUGCGCCUCCAGGGAAAUAUGAACACCACUGCCAUCCACUGCAUUGAGGAAAAACAAGCACGUACCAACACUUACAUGGAGGACCUUUGGUAUCAUUUUCAGCCUGAGGGCGGUUAUGGGUGUAAUUUGCUUGGUGGGCUUGACAUCCCACCAAGUUUUGGCGCUGUUGCCGGAGAAAUUAGUAUUUGUUAUUUGAUUGUUUAUGCCUAG